AAAAAGUUUAUCACAAUACCAUAUGAAAUGGCUAAUCAAUUGCCAAAGGUGAAAAAAGAAGUUUCCCACCUAGCUACAACUCAUUGCCAAAGCUCAAAGAGGCUUCAUACAGUCAUACGCUGCAAAAAUUGUCAUUUAUAACGCUUGGUACAAUUUCGUUAUAAAUUGUGUUCAACAUUUAUAUAUCUAUAUUUGAAAGAUAACUUCAUGCUUCCCACCAAAUUAUUCAGUUCUUGAGAAAAAAACAGGCACACAUUAUUAACAGAUAAAGUGAUCAUUCAUACAUCUUCGUCUGAAUGGGACUAACAAGGAACCACCCAUUCUGCAUACUGACAGGGGCCUGAUUGAAGAUGGGAAAGUUGACUAUGUUGUCCCUCAUUUUUUUCCUAUAUGUUUUCAUUGCCUUCAACUGCAUUUCUUUAGAAGCCUUCAAGCUUGGACCAGAAAGACAAUUGAUUGAAGUAAGAAAUUCAUCACAAUCUGAUGACACAGUUAGAGUUGAUCCUUUGGACAGGUUGAAGAAAUACAGAGGAGGCUAUGAUAUUAGAAACAAACACUACUGGAGUUCAACUGUGUUUACAGGUAAAUAUGGCUAUGCCAUUGCAGUUGUGUGGCUCUUGUGUGGCUUCUUGUAUGGACUCUUCCUUCUUGUAACCACAUUUUGUUGCAAAAGAAGUAGAAUGAAGCUGAUGAAGAGAGUCCCCUGUCAGAAGCAGUAUUAUCUUUGGCCUUUUACUUCUGCAAUCUUCAUCACAAUCCUAGCAGUAAUAGCGUCAGGUCUAGUUCUGGGAGGGAACACGAGGUUUCAUCGGAGAGCAGAUAGGGUUGUGGACAUUAUUAUUGACACGGCGGAUGGAGCAUCAAACACCAUAUACAACACUACUUGGGCCAUGAAAGAAAUGAGUGCAGCUACUAGCGGAGGGGGAGGAGCCGCCGCUGAGGCUACUCGCUUCCUGACUUCGACCUCCAAGAGCCUCGACAUUCGAGCUGCUGAUAUAGAAAGACAGGCCAGGAAACACCGUGAGGCCAUAGAGAUGGGCCUCAGGAUUGUAUACAUAAUCAAUACUGUCAUUGUUUCCCUUAAUUUGGUUGCACUCAUUGCCCUCUCAGUGUGUGGAAUCCUUAAAUUCAGGAGGGCUCUAUAUUGGCUAAUUGUUCUUUGUUGGAUACUUACAAUACUUUGCUGGUUAUUCUUUGGUAUUUACUUCUUCAUUAACAAAUUUGCAGGUGACACAUGCGCAGCUUUUGAGAGUUUCCAACAAGAUCCCUACAAUAAUAGUCUCAGCUUAAUUCUUCCUUGCGACGAAUUAGUUUCAGCAAGAUCUGUCCUAGACGUUGUUAGCAGUGGCAUUUAUAGACUUGUCAACCAGGUGAACAAAAAUAUAACCAAAUCGUAUGGAAAUUUUGCACAACUCUGCCAGCCAUUUUCAGGACCACCGGAGUAUGCAUACCGGCCAAAUAACUGCCCAUCUAAUGCAAUUACGAUCGGAGCCAUACCUCAGUUAUUGAGCAUGUUGACUUGUACUGAUCCUGACUGCAUCGGAGGAAUUUUGAUAUCUGUGAGUGACUUUAACGCAAUAAAAGCUUACACAACAUCAAUUCAGAACAUACUGAAUAUUUACCCAGGAAUGGAGAGGUUGGUCGAGUGUGAAACAGUGAAAGAUGCAUUUUCUGACAUUCUUGAAAAUCACUGCAAACCUUUAAAGAGGAAUGCACAUUUAGUAUGGGGAGCACUGCUUUUCCUUUCAGUGGUAAUGGUGGCUCUGGUGGUAAUUUGGGCUAUUAUUGUUGCCCAAGAGCAAACCCAUCAUGGAUCCCAUGAUGGUUCUGUGAACCCACAUCAUGGGGAAGAUCAGGAAUUUGGAGUAGCUUCAACCGAAGGUGCCAUUGAAUCAAUUGGUUCAGACAACAGAAUUGCAUAAUAUAGGUGUGCACUUAUCUCUAGCUAGGAGGCUAUAAGCAUAGUGAAUCAGCAUUAUGGUUUCAUUUGGUAAGGUGUAUUAGGCUUAGUGUGGAACGGAAUCAGCCCAGCUCCAGAACGGCCAUAAUUGGGACCAGACUGGAAUCGUUCCAACCCAGAUCUGCCUCCUUCAGAAUUCAACCGGGCCGGUUAGGUUCCAUUCCUGGUUAUUUGUUUAAUUGGUCUGGAGCCUCAAUCAGAUCUGACCCGGAAUCUGUGGUCACAGUUGCGGGUGGUGGCAGGAGCCUGGGAACCAGAGCUGACCCGGGUCCACCCCUAAUUUGGCUCAAGGUUAUUGUUGCAAUUUUCGGAAAAGGAUAAUGAGCCAAUGUAUACCGAACCAAAUGAAGCCCAUAUUGUGCGUGUGCAGCCAGAGAAUGGAAUAUAUUGUAGCUUUGCAACAAUCCAAUAAAAUGUAUAGUGAAUCCAAACAUUCUUUUUCGCUUUUGUCUUUUUGUACCAAAAAUUGGAAUGAGUAUAGAGAAUUAGAGAAGACAUACAAACACAUUAUAGCCCUUAUAUGAAAUAAAAGACAUGUAUGUAACAAGCCA